GCAGUGCUGACGCUUCGGGAAGUGGUGUGGCGCUGCUAAUGCUGUAAUGUGGAGUCGGGCAGGCUGCGUUAUCACCGGGCUGCUGGCGGAAAUCUCCCCUGCCAUGCACACGAGACUCGCAUAAAUCAGGAGUCUGAGUGCUGGGUCCCUAUGGCUGUGUAUGAUGAGGACAUUCUGAAGAAUCCAUUUUACCUGGCACUGGAGAAGCAAAGACCAGACCUCUGCAGCCGAGUGGCAGAAGUGCAUGGCAUCGUCUUGGUUCCAUGUCGAGGAAGUUUAUCAACUGGUUCGUUCACGGCAGCACAGUUUGAGAGCUAUGUCCUCUUGCCUGCAGAACAAGGCUUCCAGACAAUUGAUGGGAAGGAGGUGUCGAUAGAAAAUAACCAGGUGCAUUUGGUGACUGGGUUUGUGAGCCCGGCUUCAGUCCCCAUUUUGUUUGAGGAGACGUUCUACAAUGAGAAGGAGCAGGCCUACAGCAUCCUGUGUAUCACUCGGCCUGUUGACUCUGAGCCGAGCACAGUUGAGCUGAGUCCUGUCCCUGCGCACUACUGCCUGAAGAAUCUCGAGGAGGUAAAGAACUUCCUGGGCCGCCAUGCCGAGAAACUGGAUAAAUUCAUUGCUGCAUUCUGCCAGUCCUUUAAAGAGCAGGAAAGGAAGGGUCUGCGCCAUCACAUAGAUGCUGUGCAUGCUCUGUAUACAAAAUGUCUUCAGUGCUUGCUGAGAGAUUCGCGUCUGAAGGUGCUGACCAAGCAGGAGCUUCAGAUGACCCUUCUCAAACAAGCAGUGGAGAUGUACAUACAUAAUGGUAUCCAUGAUCAUCUCUUUAGUUAUGUGGGAACUCUCGAAGCAACUCAGGAUGCUGCAUUCAAUAAAACAACAAGAGGGCUGCAGGAAUUACAGCAGAAAGAUCUUGGAGUCAAGUCAGAGUUCAGUAUAAAUAUACCUCGUGCAAAGAGGGAAUUAAGUCAGCUUAACCGCUGCAGCUCUCCUCAGCAGAAGCUGCUGUGCCUCAGGAAGGUUGCCUUCACCAUCAUGCAGUCCCCCAGCCGCAAAGUUAACUUUGAGGCAGUAUGUGCAGAUGACCUCCUUUCAGUUAUUCUGUAUCUACUGGUGAAAACUGAGGUUCCUAAUUGGAUGGCAAAUCUCAGUUACAUUAAAAACUUCCAUUUCUGCAACUCCACCAAGGACGACCUGAGUUACUGCCUGACAUCGUUCGAGGCAGCUGUGGAGUACAUCAGCCAAGGCAACCUUAGUCAGGGGCCGACGGGCUCAGGGGAGCUGAAUGACAAACUGUUCUUCAGGCAAAAGAUGAAUCUUCUUUCUCAGAGUGCUUCUACACCUAUAGACUGUUUGUUUGAGCAUAUAGCAAAUGGGAACAAGGCAGAAGUCCAGCGCUUGCUAAGUGAAGGCGAGAGUGAGGAAGACAGGAGACAGAUGUGUCACCCACUGUGUUCCUGUGAUGCAUGUGACCUGCGUGUGUCAGGGAGAUUAAAUGACCCAUCUGUAGUCACUCCGUGUUCUCGGGAUGACCGAGGCUACACUCCUCUUCAUGCUGCUGCUAUAUGCGGUCAAGCUCUGCUGGUUGACCUGUUGGUGUCAAAGGGAGCUGCGGUGAAUGCCACAGACUACCACGGCCUCACGGCUCUGCAUCUCUCUUGCCAGAAGGGCUAUCAGGGUGUCACGCUGCUGCUGUUGCACUAUAAAGCAAACACAGAUACUCAGGACAACAACGGGAACACUCCUCUUCACCUGGCUUGCAUGUAUGGCCAUGAGGAUUGUGUAAAGGCACUGGUUUACUACGACCUGCACACUUGCCGGCUGAACAUGCAGAAUGAUAAGGGGGAUACAGCACUGCACAUUGCGUCUCGUUGGGGUUACGAAGGCAUCAUGGAGGUGCUGCUGGAGAACGGUGCCUCAACUCUCCUCCAUAACAAGGCCAAUCAGAGCCCACUGCACUGCGCACUCAACUCCAGGGUUUUGUCAUUGCUGGAGCGCACAUAUGAUAGUGCCAGGAAAAAGGCUCCCAGUCCCCCUCCACAGCCAGCUGACAGCAGCAGUAGACGCACCUCUGUGUCCAGUACGUCCUCCGUCGUCUCUGUGGAGGCCAGUUCUGAGAGUGAGCGCACUCAUCUAAAGGAGGUGGAGAAGUUACUGCGGGCCGUGGCAGAUGGAGAUGUGGAAAUGGUGCGCUACCUGCUGGAGUGGACAGAUGAAGAGCAGGAGGAUGAAGAGAAAGCUGAAUUGCCUGAACAGACAGAACUAUGCCACCCUCUGUGCCAGUGCCCAAAGUGUGAACCUACACAAAAGAAGCUACGCGUCCUGCAGCCGGACAGGUUGGGAGUGAACAGCAGCAGUGCGGACGGUUUCACUCCGCUGCACGUGGCAGCAUUGCAUGGACACACAGCGCUCGUCUCUUUGUUCAUCCGCCAUGGAGCCAACAUCAACGCCUGUAACAGCCAGAAUGCCACUCCACUCCACCUGGCCUGCCAGAACAGCCACACACAGGUGGUGAGCUCUCUGGUGGAGUGCAAUGCCAAGCUAAAUAAGAAGGACCAGUUUGGGAACAGUCCCCUGAUCCAAGCCUGUUUAAAGGGACAUGAGGAGACAGUAGCAGUGAUAAUGGAGAGUGGAGCCUCGUUGAACCUGACUAAUAAUCAGGGUAACACGGCUCUACACGAGGCGGUGAGAGGAGGACACCAGAGUCUGGUGGAGCGGCUGCUAGAAGCUGGGGCUCUCACACACCUCAGGAACAAGAGGCAGCGCACGGCACUGGACUGUGCUCAGGAGACUAACACAGCAAUUCUUAGGAUUCUACAGAAAGCCUGUGCGUCCAGUUUUGAAGCUGAUUCAGUCAAACAGUUCUGCAUAGCCCAAAUGCAUCAAAGAAAAACGCCCACUGUUGUCCAACACAAGAGUCCUGAUAUGCAAAGGUGUGAGACAGACCAAUCUGUACUCAGAAUACAGCAGAUGAAUAAACCACAAGACGGUACCAUCAUUCUCUCCACCGACUCUCCAUAUAUGGAUUUAGAUGACCUGAGUUAUAGAAGGCGACUACGGCGGGGGGAGACUGUCGAUGGCUGCGACCUCUUCAUCCAUCAGUCUGAAAACUUGCACUCCGUCAGACAGGCUGCGCUGAACCAGGCCGAAAGAUUAAGCCGCAGUCACACCAUACACCAGGACCUGACCCACAGCUCUCCCGAGGACCUGGAGCACACACCAUCUGCUGUCAAAAUGGACAACAGUGAAGCAAAUGGCCAUCCUACUAACCUCUCACCUGAACCUGAGCAGGUAAUUGGGAAGGCUGACAACACCACGCAGGCCAGCUUGGAGGAGGAGGAGGAACAGCAGCAGGAGGAGGAGGAGGAGGAUCAGAACUGGGGCAAAAAUUUGCAUUGGGUUUCCACAGAAAUGGAUAAUAUCAUGCUCUGAGAUUCUGCUCUAACUUCAAACGUGAUGAAAAACGAUGAUCAGUAUAGGCUAUGCAUUUCGCUGUUGUUUUAAACAUUUAACUGACCAGGUUUAAUGACCUUAUUUCAGUCAGUGAUCCUAAACUCGCUGCAGCCACUGACACGAUCAGCUGCUUUAGCUCAACCCUAAACUGUUGUUGAAGUCUAAAGCUUUAACUUUAAUUCAGUGAACUGACAAUGAGACACAAAUUAAAUAUUAAAUAAAACUGCUAGGGGUUGAGUGGAUGUGAGAAGUAAUGUAUGGACUCUUAAAAGACUUGCUGAGUGUUUUUAUUUGUACUGUAAAGGGAGAUGAAGAGAAGUAUGAAUUGAAGAUGCAUUUCCAGGACUGAAACAAAGCGUAAUACAGACGGAGAUGCUGACAAAAACUGUACAUUUCAAAGUCCCAGAUCCUACAUGUGUUUUUGGAAACCCCCCCCCCCCCCCCCCUUUACGAUGAAGUCCAUAUAAGAAUGUGUGGAAAACAUAAUCAUGAACUCCCUGAUCGGGGCCUUUAGAGAAACAAACCUUUGAGAAGGAAUUUAGUUUUAUUUAACCAGCACUUUUACCAGCAUAGUUUUAUUUUACCAGCAUCAUAAAAAGGGAUGAUUGGGCAUAAUUUUUACUGCUUCUUUUUAGGUUUAACAUGUUCUGUUUUAUCUUUUCACUUAUCAGGCCACUUGUAUGUUUCAUCAGCUUUGGCAACACUGACAGAAGCUUAAAGCAGAUUUGAUGUGUGACUGCACGAGUGACCACAUAUUUCCCAGUCAGCUUUGCUUCUUCCGAAAAACGCAAGUCUUUUGACAUGCUUUGUAAGAUUUUUAACAUGUCUUUUGACUUGAAUGAUUAGAUUUCAAAUACCAUUAUAGACUGGUACCAAAAUCCAGAAUUGUGACACCCAAAGGCAUUUUUGAGACAAAG